CCGGCCGGGAGGAGCCUCGGGGCCGGGCGGCGACCUCAGCGGCCGGCGCGAGCGGCGCAGCGGCUGGAGACGGCGCGCGAGUGAGGUGGCGCGUCAGCCGGGCUCUCGGGGACCCACAGAAGAGUGGAACGAGGGAGCGCCGGGGCUUGGAAAGCUCAACAGACUGCGUCGGAGCCCAGCAGAGCCUGCUUGGAGAUGGGGUCCCAGGUCUCGAUGGACACGAGAGGUGUGCACGUGGUGAUCGUGGGCGGCGGCUUUGGCGGGAUUGCGGCCGCCAGCCAGCUGCAGGCCCUGAAUGUCUCCUUUGUGCUGGUGGACAUGAAGGACUUCUUCCAUCACAACGUGGCAGCCCUCCGGGCCUCCGUGGAGAGUGGGUUUGCCAAAAAGACAUUCAUUUCCUACUCGGUGAGCUUCAAGGAGAGCUUCCGGCAGGGCCUGGUGGUGGAGAUCGACCUGAAGAAUCAGACGGUGCUGCUAGAGGACGGCGAGGUCCUGCCCUUCUCACAUCUCAUCCUGGCCACAGGCAGCACCGGGCUCUUCCCCGGCAAAUUGAAUCAGGUUUGCAGCCAGCAGGAAGCAAUUCAGGCCUAUGAAGAUAUUGUGAAGCAGGUCCAGCACUCACAGUCCAUCGUGGUGGUGGGAGGAGGCUCUGCGGGAGUGGAGAUGGCAGCUGAGAUUAAAACAGAGCACCCCGAGAAAGAGGUCACUCUCAUUCACUCCCAAGUGGCCCUCGCCGACAAGGAGCUCCUGCCCUGUGUCCGGCAGGAAGCAAAGGAGAUCCUGCUCCGCAAAGGCGUGCAGCUGCUGCUGAGUGAGCGGGUGAGCAACCUGGAGGAGCUGCCUGUCAACGAGUAUCGAGAGUGCAUCAAAGUGCAGACGGACAAAGGCACGGAGGUGGCCACCAACCUGGUGAUUGUCUGCAACGGUAUCAAGAUCAAUAGCUUUGCCUACCGCCGUGCGUUUGCCAGUCAGCUGGCCAGCAAUGGAGCGCUGCCGGUGAACGAGUACCUGCAGGUGGAGGGCUGCAGCCACAUCUACGCCAUCGGGGACUGUGCCGACGUGAAGGAACCCAAGAUGGCCUAUCACGCCGGCCUCCAUGCCAACGUCGCAGUGGCCAACAUCAUCAACUCCACGCAGCAGAGGCCCCUCAAGGCCUACAAGCCGGGUGCACUGACGUUCCUCCUGGCCAUGGGGAGAAAUGACGGCGUGGGCCAGAUCAGCGGCUUCUAUGUGGGGCAGUUCAUGGUUCGGCUUGCCAAGAGCCGGGACCUCUUCGUCUCCACAAGCUGGAAAACCAUGCGGCAGUCUCCACCCUGAUGGGGACGCUGGCGGGAUGAGGUACCGCCGCCACCCUGUACACGGAUUGGUUGGCCAAUGGUACCCACCUGACAAGUGCUAAAGGGCAAAAGCUCUUCUUCUGGAGUAAGAUGCCAGUGAUGUACUGACCAGAAACACAACUACAGAAAAGCAAAAAUGGAGAGAGAGACAGACAUUAAAAAAAGACACCCCUAGAGGAUUCUUUCUGGGUUUGAAAGGUCUGCUUGCCCUUUGCUGGCUGAAUGCUUCACUUGGUCCUGGGGAGGGCACAGCUGGUCUUCUCUGCCCCAGGACGUGUGCGUGCGUGUACUCACAGGGUAUGGCAUUCAGAGCUCUCAGAGUAGGGGAGAGAGCUGGCUCUCCUGGCGGCUGGUAUCCCAUCUGUAAGGUCAGGGAGGAGGGCCUGCAAAGUGAGACCAGCUAAGGAAGGGGGGGCUGGAGUGGAGAGAAGGCCUGGCCUGCACCCUAACCUCUCCUAUUGUUCAAGGAGCAGGGAAGCCAAUACAUCCUAUAACACCCGGGUUAUUAAUAGGAGCCUAAUUUUUUAAAAAAGAUUUUUAUUAAAAAUAUAGUUAGCAUACAAUAUUUUAUUAGUUUCAGGUGUACACAAUAGUUAUUCAACAUUUAGAUACCUAAAAGUGAUCACCAUGAUAAGUCCAGCAAUCAUCUGACACCGUACCAUGCUAUCGCAAUAUUAUUGACUAUAUUCCCUAUGCUGUAUGUUACAUCUCCAUGACUUACUUGUUUUAUACCUGGAAAUUUGGAUCACUUAUUGCCCUUCAUCUUUCCUCCCCUGCUUUUUAACUUUUCAGUUACAGUUGACAUUCAAUAUUGUUUUAAUUUCAGGUGUACAGCGUAGUGGUUAGACAUUUGUAUAAUUUAAGAAGUGAUCCCAACUAAUCUAGUACUCACCUGGCAC